CGCUCAAACUCAGUGCCGCGGCGCAGCCUGAACCUGGCGUUGACUUUGCUCUGAACACAGCCCUUGCCGCGGGUUCGUACACAGCCUACCCGCACUAUUCCUACUUGCGUGCUCUGCAGCAAACUGGUAUGUUCUCGGGCACUGGGCUGUGCCUCCGGCUGACGCUUCGUUGCUGACCAGGGAAGAAAUCCGAGUCUCCGAGCCGAUGCCCUACAGCCACCACUCACAUUCCGGACAGUUCUGCAAACAUGCGGCGGGCACGCUGGAGGACGUAGUGCGCGAGGCAAUUCGACAGGGCUUCGAGAUCUAUGGCCUGACGGAGCACGUACCUCGCUACCGCCUGGCAGACUUGUAUCCCGAAGAGGUAAAUCCGCAUCCGCUGCUGCCAAUUACAUUGCCGAAUGCUUUGUUGUCCGCUGCUGUUCGGCCUGCUCCCAAUUGACAUGGGAAGCAAGGGAUGUCACUCGAUGCACUGGCGACGCAGUUUGACGCCUUCCUGAAUGAAGCCCACCGGCUCAAGGAGCAAUAUGCGCACCACAUAACGCUACUAGUGGGCCUGGAGACAGAGUUCAUCACCGAAGAAGACCUCGCACACCUGGAAACGCUUCUCAGCAGAUGUCCUGGACGCAUAGAAUAUCUGGUUGGGUCUGUCCAUCAUGCCAACUCGAU